AUGUCCGCACCCCCGUUCUGGAGGCCUGGGCCGUCGGCGCGGCCUCUGUUGGCAGCGCGGCUUCUGUUGUCGACGCGGCGAACGUCAAGUGCCCUUAGUGUGCCAGUCCUGCGACCGCGUGUCUGGGCCGCCGAGUGCGCCCCGUCCAUCGUCAGAUCGCUAUCUCCGUGGCGAAGGCGCGAGGCCUGUGGACGUUCAUUGAGCGCGCAUCAGACGUGGGGGUUGUUGCCGUGGCAUCUAUCGUAUCAGAACCCCUGUGCGCUCGCCGCCACCGCGCACGACGCGUGCUUGGUUAAGCCCUCCUUGCUGUGUUCAGCCGCUGCUCUUCUACGCGAGCCUGCAAGCACUCCCCCUUCGGCCGAGCCUCCCUGCCCGAGCCUCCACCCCCACUUAUCUCCCAAUGGCCGUCGCGGCUCCUCGUGCGCCCUCGGCCACGCUGCUCGCCACCACCUCUCUCGCGAGCACCGCCCCCUGCUACUCCCAUCCCCACGGGCCGCUCCACCACACGUGUCCCGUCCAACAUCUCAUCCAUCUCGCCUCGUCGCACUCUCUGACGUCCGCAUUCUCCGCCACACCGCCGGCACCAACCAAGCCGUGCCCGCCAUCAGAACGCGCCCCUACUCCCCCGCUCCGUUUCGAAUUCUCGUCGCUUUUUGGCGCGACCUUCUGAUCAGACCCACCCCUUCACACCCACAUAUACGCCAGCCCCCUCCUCGCUCCGCCGCCGGCAUCCCUGCCAUCAGAACGGCGCAGGUGCGUCCGCAGCCUCGUGUUGUGUAUGCCGCGAGGCCCGUCUUCUCUCCCGCAGAUGUCAUCGCGCGCCCCGCUAAGCACUAUUGA